CAAGCUAAAUAUUAAACAUUUUUUUUAUCAAUUGAAGUCCAGCCUGGGGAGAAGAAACAGUUAAAGAAAUGUCUCAAUUAUACUUGCAAUCAGCUAAUCAGACUUUGUGUGCAUCUGUGGCUGGUACAGAACUGAAAUCAAGCUCUGAUAAUGAAACCACAAAUGAAAAAUGGACUGAAGACUCCUUUCCAGGAUUAGAAAUAUUGUGCACCAUUUAUGUUACAUAUGCUGUGAUCAUUUCAGUGGGGCUCCUUGGAAAUGCAAUACUCAUCAAAGUUUUUUUCAAGAUUAAAUCAAUGCAGACGGUUCCCAACAUCUUCAUCACCAGCCUGGCAUUCGGAGACCUGCUGCUUUUGUUAACGUGUGUGCCUAUAGAUGCAACGCGCUACAUUGUGGAUACCUGGCUCUUCGGAAGAAUUGGGUGCAAGCUGCUGUCUUUUAUCCAGUUAACAUCAGUUGGAGUAUCAGUGUUUACCCUGACUGUUCUCAGCGCUGACAGGUACAGAGCCAUCGUUAAACCCUUGGAACUGCAAACUUCAGAUGCGCUCCUGAAGACCUGCUGUAAAGCAGGCUGUGUUUGGAUUGUUUCCAUGAUAUUUUCUAUCCCAGAGGCUGUUUUUUCAGAUUUGUAUUCUUUCAGCAAUCCUGAGAAAAAUGUAACUUUUGAGGCGUGUGCCCCCUAUCCUGUAUCUGAGAAGAUUCUGCAGGAAGCUCACUCCCUGGUUUGCUUCUUAGUGUUCUAUAUUGUGCCCUUAGCUGUCAUUUCUGUCUACUACUUUCUUAUCGCCAGAACUUUAUAUAAAAGUACAUCCAACAUGCCAGCAGAAGAACACUCUCAUGCCCAUAAGCAGAUUGAAUCCCGCAAGAGAGUUGCAAAGACAGUGCUGGUGCUUGUGGCUCUGUUUGCCUUCUGCUGGCUGCCCAACCACAUCCUCUACCUGUACCGCUCUUUCACAUACCACACUUCUGUCAAUGCUUCCACCUUUCAUCUGAUAGCAACUAUUUUUUCCCGCACCUUGGCCUUCAGUAAUUCCUGCGUCAAUCCUUUUGCUCUUUAUUGGAUGAGUAAAAGUUUCCGCCAACAUUUUAAAAAGCAAGUCUCAUGCUGCAAGGCAGCAUUCUGUGCAAAGCCUUCCAGUGCUCCCCAGAGCAGUUCUCCUACCAGAGCCCUGUCAGUCACAGGCAGCAUGCAUGGCUCAGAAAUCAGUGUUACACUGCUAACAGAUUAUAGCAUCACGAAAGAAGAGGAAAGUGUUUAGUCCGUGUGGGAAGAAGAAGGACAGAAACGGAGUCAUUGCUAUCAAGUCACUGCUACUGGUAUCCUGGAAAGAGGUGCCAUGGCUUGCCCUGUCUGUGAAAGUGUGUUCAUCAGUGAGUUCCUCAUUUUUCAAAAUAUAUAAUAAAAAAAUCAAAUUGUGUGGGGGAAGAAGCAGCAACAGCUGAACUUUCCAGCAUAAGCUCAAAGGGAUUACUCACGUUCCCAGGCAUGAGCACUGAUUCCUAGCUGGAAUUCCUGGACUGGGCAGGAGAGGACUUAGCAGACUUGGUGCAAGAAAUGUCUGUAAGGAUAGUUUUGUUCUUGGUGACCUGCUCUUUGAGUCAUGACUGAGAGCUCCCUCUGACAACUCCUUGCAUCCACAGCAAGCAAGCAAAGCCACUUGGUCAUAACACGAUCAACCAGGCACAUUUUUGAUUUAUUUAUUUUCUUGUCCUGAAUGUUAAAAAUGGGUAAAUACAUGAAAAAUAAUGCUAAAAUGAAAGGCUAAGGUUUGUAGCACUGUGAAAUAAAAAAAGAAAAAGCAUUAUGGGCCAGAUCCAUAGUAGCUGUUGCUCUGUCAGUGACUUAGAAAUUCUGGGUAAGAGCUGACUGCCUUGUAGUGAGAUGGAUGUUCCUAAAGAAGUCAAGGGAAUGAGCAGGUGAUCAUUUCUCUGAGAAAGGUAUAAUCACCUUUAAUCACACUUGUAAAAUUCUUUGUGAUAUAUGGGUAAAACAUCUCAAUAGUGCAGAGUUUUUUAUUGUUACAGUGACUUAAUAACAAUAAAUUGGGGUGGAUCUGUAUCAAGAGUUCUAUUUGGGAUUUAUGAUGCACUUUUGAAGUGCUCAAACAUCCAUUCCUGCCUUGCUUUAUAUCCCAAAGUGGUCUUGAGUGCACAGCCUGGAUUUCUCUAAGAUGGAACUGUGUGUCCAAUCCACCAAACCAGGCUAGAGUGAGUUUGAAGCGAAAAAUGUACAGUGUGGAGAGUCAGACUGACCCCUUUACCUGCACAGAUCCACUCCUGCUGUAGUGUAUGUGGUUGUAUCUAAGUGGCCUACAGAUACUCAAGCACACUGGGAGAGCUGUAUUUUUUCUACUAUACUAAUUUUCUAUUCUUCAAGUUGCAUCCCUUUUUAACAUUAGGAUAGGCUGUCUUAAUGCCAUAGGCCUUCUAAUCUCAAAUCCACUGAUUUUAUGACUGGGCUUGCAGAAGCAAACCAGGACAGCAUGUCCAUGCUCAGCAGCACUGCUGACAGGGACUGCCUUCCCAUCAGGAAGUACUGGAGACAAGUCUUCCUACCUCAUGUUACAAAAUAUUUGAGUGACAUUUAUUUUUAUGAAUGUUAUGUUCCCUGAACUAGAAUUUUGUCUGUGGAAGCUGGUAAUAGAAAACAAAUAGAUUUUCUAUUGUUUAAACUAAGGGACUUUUAUUCCAAGAAAGAAUUUGUGCGUUAAAAUAUAGAACAGAAGUUGCAACAUAUGAACUAAAAUAAUUCUGUCAGUCACAGAAACUUCAAUUUUAACUAACCCUUGAAGGUAUAGCCCCCCUUCAACUGCACAGAGCCCCUUAGUAACAUAUGGCUAGAAAUCCAUCCACUCAUGUGUCAUUAACUAAGUUGAUUAUAAGAUGAGAAAAUGUAUUUACAGACUCUUUCUGUUGCCUGCUCUAAUCAGAAAAAUAAAGCCAAACCAUAAAUCCCAGGGGCAUUGCAAAACAACCUCUGUCAUCAUCGUAAACCAGUUAAUGACGGACCAGUUUAAUCCCAUCAGACCUGGCCUUGUUUUACUAUGGUCCUCAUGUUACAAGCUGCAAGGCUGCAAGCACUAGUUUUCCAAUAGAUUCCUCCUUUUAUUGUACCAGUUGCACACCAGGAUAGGAUCACUGAAAGAAAUGGAAAUACAAUAGUAUAGAAAUAGCGGACUCCAGAGACCUUAUUUUACUCUCUUUGUCUCAAUGAAACACAUUGCCUGGAAGAGAACCUUGUACAAAUAUGAACUUGUUGCACUGCUAUUUUCUUCUUCUCUCUUUCCUUCAUGGAGCUGCAGGGUGAGACUGAAAUAAGUAGAUAAGCCUACACACAUAUGAACCUACGUUUAUCUUCCUGGAUCUUACUACAGGGAAUUCUAAACAAAAGAAAUAUCCACCAACAAUACCAUUGCUUACAGCAUUUUUUAUUCUAGCUUAGUAAUGCCUUUGGGAAACAGAUCUACAUGUUUCUGGACUUCACAAUUUGUCUCUGUCAGAGACCAAAUUUCCCACUGCAAAAUCUUUGGCUAACCCUUAAAACCCAGUUUCCUAAAUCACCAUUUUUCUUCCUUUGCAUGCAGCUACUUUUUGCUUGUGUAACUCCUCCUCUAACUGGAUUGUCUUUCUAGUGUGAAUAUAUUCUGUUCCAGAACUGAUGUUUUUGCUAUAUUCUGCACAUUUUCUUUUUAAAGACUGGCAAUAUUUCAAGACACAAUUUAAUUAUUCUGUGUACUUUAUGAAUUGAUAAUUCUGUAUAUUCAAAUCUUCAUGGCAUGAUGUAUUGGAGUGAUAUAUGGGUCAACAUAUAUUUUUAUCUAACCAAUGUGAUAUUAUUUAUUACAUCUACUCCCCACAAACAUCAUUAUUUAUUACAUCUACUCCCCACAUUACCAUAAGUGGAUUUAAGGGAAAAGGGUUGUUUCCUUUGCAAUCUUUUCUUGGCAUUCCAAAAUCAGAUUAUUUCACACCUAAGUAAUACAAGUGUGAUUCUAUAAGAGCGUAUGGGAAUAUCAUCUAUUUACAUAAGUACUGAGUAUUAUCUCGCAAAUAAAAGGGAUGAAUAAUUAGGGGUUCCCUAUUUACGUCCACAGCAUAAGACUAGGUAGAAAAAAAGGCACAAAGUGCUGAAAGGCUGACUCCCUCAAAGGUUCUGUCCAUACGGAGUCAUACUGAGAAAGUAAAUACAAUUUCUAGGAUGUACUUUUUUUUUCAUUUGUUUUGUGAAUGAGAUGUACACAUUUCAUGUGCACAUUAGCAACAGUUUCAAUAUCUGUAGUUAGUUAAUCGCCCCCCAAAAUCCACAAAAACUAAGAAGCCUAUGUGAAACACUGCUAAAGUGAGAGUGACUGGGGUAUAAAAGUUAGUUACACAAUUAUAGCCAUUUCAAAGCUCCUGCUCCUGUUCCCAUAAAAAUUGUUUUGUUUUAUUUUACAUGGGUUGCCUGUUGACGCUCCUGUGUUUUUGCCGAGAAUAUUACAAUUAAAGA